CCUUUGAACUUAUCUCCAUAAAGCAAUUGUGCCUCCUCUUGGGGGUCACGUUUUCACAAUCAAUGGCCUUUGAGGAGCUCUUGAGUCAAGUUGGAGGCCUUGGGAGAUUUCAGAUCCUUCAUCUGGUUUUUAUUCUUCCCUCUCUCAUGGUAUUAAUCCCUCAUAUACUGCUGGAGAACUUUGCUGCAGCCAUUCCUGGUCAUCGUUGCUGGGUCCACAUCCUGGACAAUAAUACUGGAUCUGAUAAUGAAACUGGAAUCCUUAGUGAAGAUGCCCUCCUGAGAAUCUCCAUCCCACUAGACUCAAACCUGAGGCCAGAGAAGUGUCGUCGCUUCGUCCAUCCCCAGUGGCAGCUUCUUCACCUGAAUGGGACUAUCCACAGCACAAGUGAGGCCGACACAGAACCCUGUGUGGAUGGCUGGGUAUAUGACCAAAGCUACUUCCCUUCGACCAUUGUGACUAAGUGGGACCUGGUAUGUGAUUAUCAGUCACUGAAAUCAGUGGUUCAGUUCCUACUUCUGACUGGAAUGCUGGUGGGAGGCAUCAUAGGUGGCCAUUUCUCAGACAGGUUUGGGCGAAGAUUGAUUCUCAGAUGGUGUUUCCUCCAGCUUGCCAUCACUGACACCUGUGCUGCCUUCGCUCCCACCUUCCCUGUUUACUGUGUACUACGAUUCUUGGCAGGUUUUUCUUCCAUGAUCAUUAUAUCAAAUAAUUCUUUGCUCAUUACUGAGUGCAUAAGGCCCAACUCUAAAGCCCUGGUAGUAAUAUUGUCAUCUGGUGCCCUUAGUACUGGACAGAUAAUACUGGGAGGCUUGGCUUAUGUCUUCCGAGAUUGGCAAACCCUGCACGUGGUGGUGUCUGUACCUUUCUUUGUCUUCUUUCUUCUUUCAAGGUGGCUGGUGGAAUCUGCUCGGUGGUUGAUAAUCACCAAUAAACUAGAUGAGGGCUUAAAGGCACUUAGAAAAGUUGCACAAACAAAUGGAAUAAAGAAUGCUGAAGAAACCCUGAACAUAGAGGUUGUGAGAUCCACCAUGCAGGAGGAGCUGGAUGCAGCACAGACCAAAACUACUGUGUGUGACUUGUUCCGCAACCCCAGUAUGCGUAAAAGGAUCUGUAUCCUGGUAUUUUUGAGAUUUGCAAACACAAUACCUUUUUAUGGUACCAUGGUCAAUCUUCAGCAUGUGGGGAGCAAUAUUUUCCUGUUGCAGGUACUUUAUGGAGCUGUCGCUCUCAUAGUUCGAUGUCUUGCUCUUUUGACACUAAAUCACAUGGGCCGUCGAAUAAGCCAGAUAUUGUUCAUGUUCCUGGUGGGCCUUUCCAUUUUGGCCAACACGUUUGUGCCCAAAGAAAUGCAGACCCUGCGUGUGGCUUUGGCAUGUCUGGGAAUCGGCUGUUCUUCUGCUACUUUUUCCAGUGUUGCUGUUCACUUCAUUGAACUCAUCCCCACUGUUCUCAGGGCAAGAGCUUCAGGAAUAGAUUUAAUGGCUAGUAGGAUUGGAGCAGCACUGGCUCCCCUCUUGAUGACCUUAACGGUAUUUUUUACCACUUUGCCAUGGAUCAUUUAUGGAAUCUUCCCCAUCAUUGGUGGCCUUGUUGUCUUCCUCCUACCAGAAACCAAGAAUCUGCCUUUGCCUGACACCAUCAAGGAUGUGGAAAAUCAGUGA